AUGAAUCAAUUACAAGAGUACAUGCGAAAUAAAGAAUUUCCUAUGUACUUACAAGACCGGCUUAUAUUGUAUUAUGAAUAUCGAUACCAAAAAAAAUAUUUCCGUCGUAUGCAACAAGAAAUUGCACGCUAUUCAAGCUAUCAAUUGAUUAAAAGUAUAAAAAUUCUUAGUGGAUUAUCAGAACAAGUCAUUGAUAAAAUUGUUGAUAGUGUUCGGCCUGAAGUAUAUUUACCUGGAGAUAUAUUAAUGAAAGCCGGCAAUACAGCUGAAUGUAUGUAUUUUUUGGUACAUGGAACAGUGGCUACUUACACAAUUAAUGGAAAAGAGGUGUGCCAUUAUGAAGAUGGUGAUUAUUUUGGAAUAGUUGCUGUAAUGUUACCAGAACGUAAACGAAUGUCGACGGCUGUUGCACUUGAAAUUAGUAAACUAUUUCGCUUCGAUAAAAAAUUAUUUAAUAUUUGUUUUCCAGUAAAUUCAGAAAUAUAUGAAACUCUGUUGCACAAUGCUUUAGUACGAUUAAAGCAAAUACUAACUGCAGAGGAAAAACAACGUUUGUACAUAAUUGAAUCUGCAAAUAAACAAUAA